UCAAUAUUAAUAGAAUAACUAAGUUUGAAGAUCUCACAUUUACUGAAGAUUCGCUGGUGAAUACGCAAAUACUAAAAAAAAACUCUGGUAUUCGUGACAAACUACUGUAAAAAUAUUCACUAUAUAACCAAUCUAGCAAGUAAAAAAGUUUGACCACUUUUUACAUUAUUUAAGACUGUUAAAAUCAUGUUGAGGAACUUCUUCAUAUUAAGUAUUUUGUGUUUUUUUUGUUGGUGUAAUGGAUAUUAUCAUCCCGGAUAUCAAUUUUAUAGAACUGAACAUAUUUAUGACCUCGCAUCAAGUAAUGAGUUUCAUAGAAGGCAAUUCAAUAUGGCACCCUUGUCGCGUACCCAAUGGCUGUGCUUCGUUUUGGGAGUUUGCGCGACCACCCUACCAACCCCAACAUAUACAGAAAACCCUCCUGUCCUUAAAACAGUGUACCAAUGGAAUCAGUUAGAGUUCGAUUAUCAAUCAUCAAACGAAAGACAAAGGGACAUUGAUUCUGGCGCUUUUGAAGUUGGAAAUAUCGCUCCUAUUGAUGUAGAUGUCUACUAUUCACCAAGAAAUACAGAAAACCAAGUUUUUAUCACGAUACCAAGAUUCAAAGAAGGAAUCCCUGCAACUCUCGGAACAGUGACAAAUAAAGUAUUAAAUGGAAAUCCGAUUAUCCGGCCUUAUCCAGACUGGAGGUGGCACAGAAACUCAAAUGAAUGCCAUAGAGAUAGAAUAGUUUCUGUAUUUAGGGUAAAAAUAGACGAAUGCGGAAGAAUGUGGGUGUUAGACACAGGCAAAAUCGGAGAUAAUAUUGUUUGUAAACCGCAAGUUUUAGCAUUUGAUUUGACCACAAAUCAAGUACUCCACAGGCAUGAAUUUCCAGACGAUGUAGUGACACAACAAUAUGUCUUAGUUACUCCAGAGGUAGAUGUAAGAGACCCUACCACCGGAUGUAAAAACACUUUCGUUUAUGUAGCGGACGUUCUUGGCUUCGCAUUGCUUAUUUAUGACGUAGCUAAUGACAGAUCAUGGAGGAUACAGGAUAAAACUUUUUAUCCUUAUCCUAACUAUGGAACUUUUACGAUAGCAGGAGAGAGUUUUGACCUAAUGGACGGAUUACUAGGCAUGACACUUUCCCCAUACAUCCCCGGUCAAGACAGAAUAUUAUUUUACCAUGCCAUGGCUAGUCCGACUGAAAACUGGGUCUACACAUCCCACUUGAGAAACCAUACCUUGAUUUCUAAUAGUGGCGGAAGCGUUCCACAGAUAUUCAAUGUUUAUAGGAACACUCGCAAUACUCAAGCAGCAGCUGAAGCAAUGGAUAAAGAUGGAAUCAUGAUCUUCGGACUUCUGGGUACUUUAGAGCUAGCAUGCUGGAACGCUAGAACUGAAUAUGGACCAAAGAACUUUGAUAUUAUAGCUGAUGAUCCGGUGAGGCUUCAAUUUCCAAGUGGUAUUAAGAUCGUUCGAAAUCAAAAAGGUCAACAAGAACUGUGGGCGUUGACAUCCAGAUUUCAGAAGCUUGCCACUGGAACAUUAAGUCCAAAUGAGCCAAAUUUCAGGAUCCUCGCUGGAAAACUUGAGGAUCUUCUUUAUAAUAGCAAAUGCAGAUCGAAGCGUGGCCAAAAUAAUAACAAUAUAGGUGGAGGUUAUGGGUAUUUAAGAGGAAACGCGGGUUAAAUGGAGAAUCUGAAAGUUAAAAUUAUAAUUGAAACAAUGCCAUUUUAGGAUUUAAAAUUAUUGAAUUAUUUAACAGUAUUAAGAAUAAAUAUACAUAUUGUCUAGUU